CCCAGUCAUGGCGCAGCCUUCUCUCCACCAGCGGCUCCUCCGCGACAUCGCCGAGCUCCAAAAAGAGCCAUACACUCAUUUCUCUACCCACAUCAACGAUAAGGACCUUACGAAGAUCUGCCUGAUCCUGAAGCCGGAAGGAUCCCGAGCACUCCAUCUCACUGUCGAGAUCCCGCCGGAUUAUCCACUCAUUGCCCCCAGAGUCUCUAUGCAGUCCUUGGUCGUGCACCCGAACGUCUUCCGGGAGUACAUCUGCGCAUCGAUUCUGAACACGGAGGAGGGAUGGACGCCCGCGUACACGCUGAAGGCGAUCUGCAUCCAGCUUCUGAGCUUCUUCUCCGGAGGCACCAUCGAGCAGGAAUACGGUGGACGAGUUGACUUGAAAGACUACCAGGCGCAGGCAGAAUAUAACAUGCGGCGCUGGGGAGUCGAGAACAAGUCCACGAAACACAAGUGCGACGAGUGCGGAUUUGGAAAGUCACGACCAGUUGACAGCAGCGUUGCCGACCAGCUAGCUAGUCUCACUCUUUCCAGCGGGCGUCCAAGGGCCAAGGCAUCUAACGACAAAGCGAAGAAGACCCGAAACCGCCUUCUAGAGUUGCCAAUUGAGCUGCUCUUGCAGGUCGUAGAGGGAUUGGAUACCGAGGCCCUACUUAAACUGUCGAAGACUUUCCCGGAGGUUAAAGCAGUCCUCGAAUCUAACGACUGCAUCCGCCUCCGAGAGUUGCAAUGCUUCACCCUCAGGGAGAGCUUUAUGGAUGCGAAGCUUGGCGUUGGCGUUGCAAUCCUGCACCAAGGAAAGGAAGGAAAGUUUGCAUCCGAGUUCGAGCUACUCAGCCGAGAGGCUUUUGUGAAGUACAAGAUCCGCAAAUCCAUCCACGGCGUGGCCUUCGACCAUUGGCUGCCUCUGCCGAUCCACCGUCGACAUUGGCACGCAGUGAAGCUGGACGUCAACGCCACGCUUGAACUGCUUUCCCGCAAGGCGACUCUGAGCAAGGUCUUCCCGGAGUACGUGCUGUAUCACUUCAUGAACAACAUCGUCGUUCAAUUCAGCCAGGACGCGGAGUCGGUUAGCAGGAAGAGCACUUUGAACCAUGCCUCUGAGAAGGCUGUGGAGGCAUACUUCGCCCUCUUCCACUUGCUACUCUGCCUCGCGACCGAGAACCAGCAAAUUAUUCGGGACGCAAACCGAAUGAUUGAUGGGUUUCUUGGAGGCGCUACUUCGAAGGACAAGUUUCCCAACCUUGGUCUCCUUCUAGUCGCUGCUUUGAUCUCCGACCAAGGCCUUACAAAGGAGCUCAGUCUUGCCGUCAUCAAGGAAGCCGCCUUGCGCAACGUCGUCUGGAUGCUAGAUAGGAAAGGAGCCGGAAGGGCAGAGCUGGCCUACAUCGAGCCUGAAUCAAGCUCGAAUUACCGCCUAGAUAAGACCUUUGAAGCUUCCACGACGUCCUACCGCCUCCUGAUGUUCCUCAAUCUCUUCUACAAGACAGCUCGCAAGUCUGGCAAGCUGGAGGACCUUCGCGAGCAGAUGUUCGACAACCACGGCGCGCCUCCUCAAGGCACUGCGGAGCGGAUGGCCAAGCAAAUUCGUGAAAUUCGUGAAGUAAAGAACUUCCCUACAUUCUUGACGAACAUGGGCUUGGCUACCCCAACGAAAGAUGGGUUUGUGGGCUUCUUGAAGCGGACUAUCACGGAUAGCGUUGCGGCUGGAUACUCGUCUGAACCCCUCACGCAGUCCCAGCUGUAUGCGAUGAGAUGUCAGGUUGAGCCAGGUAUCGGGUUGGCUCCGGGUGUUGCACCAAGCGUGGGCGCGCCGUCUCCGUUGACGAUGAUGACUGUUUCUUUCUUUCCUGGACGCCAGAAGUCGAAUGGUCCUCGGAACGGGCAGCGAGGGAGGCGUUGAAAAUGGAAGCCUGAUUGAUGUCUUUGGGAGAGAUCGAUGUGGUUUCUAGUCCGUCAAGGCUCCCGUUUUCUUUUCAUAUUGUUCCUGGGCGCAUUGCUUGUGCUAUAGGGUUCUUGGGUAAGAAUCCUAGGCUGAAGGCCUCUUGGAUUUGGAUAUGGUUCUUCUCUAUUUUUCACUGUGCGUUUAGUGAUGAGCUUGCUUUUGUGGAGGAGGACCCUUUAGAUAGCGGUUAGUACACACAACCUGAUCGACAUCAUUGAUUAA